CUAACUGUCUAGCCUAGUGGUGUAUUCGUUUUUGGACUGCUUGCUAAAUUCGGUCGAAGCACCGUUGAAGAUGGCGGACCUAGAGGCAGUUCUUGCCGAUGUCAGCUAUUUGAUGGCGAUGGAGAAAAGCAAAUCUACUCCUGCGGCCCGGGCAAGCAAGAAAAUAAUUCUCCCUGAACCCAGUAUUCGAAGUGUGAUGCAGAAGUACUUGGAAGAGAGAGAUGAGCUUACAUUUGACAAAAUUUUCAACCAAAAGAUUGGGUUUCUUUUAUUCAAGGAUUUUUGUAUGAAUGAGAUAGAUGAAGCUGUUCCUCAGCUUAAAUUUUAUGAAGAGAUUAAAGAAUAUGAAAAGCUGGACUCGGAGGAGGAAAGACUAAGUCGUAGUCGGCAGAUUUAUGAUGGCUACAUAAUGAAGGAGCUUCUGUCAUGUUCACAUCCCUUCUCUAAAAAUGCAGUGGACCAUGUUCAAUCUCACCUGGCUAAGAAACAGGUGCCCCCAUCCCUCUUCCAGCCAUACAUUGUGGAAAUUUGUGACAGUUUGCGAGGGAAGAUCUUUGAAAAGUUCAUCGAAAGUGAUAAGUUCACUCGUUUCUGCCAGUGGAAGAAUGUAGAGCUAAAUAUCCAUUUAACGAUGAAUGAUUUUAGUGUUCAUCGGAUUAUUGGUAGAGGGGGGUUUGGAGAAGUGUAUGGCUGCAGGAAAGCAGACACGGGAAAGAUGUAUGCUAUGAAGUGUUUGGACAAAAAGCGGAUUAAAAUGAAGCAGGGUGAGACUUUGGCACUGAAUGAGAGAAUUAUGCUGUCUCUGGUCAGCACUGGGGACUGUCCUUUUAUCGUGUGUAUGACGUAUGCUUUCCAUACUCCUGAUAAACUAUGCUUCAUCUUGGAUUUGAUGAAUGGUGGUGAUCUCCACUAUCAUCUCUCACAGCACGGAGUAUUUAGUGAGAAGGAAAUGCGCUUCUAUGCAGCAGAAAUUAUCUUGGGUUUGGAGCACAUGCACAAUCGAUUUGUUGUCUACCGAGACCUUAAGCCUGCCAACAUCCUCUUAGAUGAGCAUGGUCACGUUCGUAUCUCUGACUUGGGCUUGGCUUGCGAUUUCUCUAAGAAGAAACCACACGCCAGUGUGGGAACACAUGGCUACAUGGCACCAGAGGUCUUGCAGAAAGGGACAGCAUACGACAGCAGUGCUGACUGGUUUUCUUUGGGCUGCAUGUUGUUUAAACUUUUGCGAGGGCACAGUCCAUUCCGGCAGCAUAAGACAAAAGAUAAACACGAGAUUGACCGCAUGACGCUUACUAUGAAUGUGGAGCUGCCAGACUCAUUUUCUCCUGAACUCAAAUCUUUGUUGGAGGGGCUGCUACAGAGAGAUGUUGCUAAGAGGUUGGGCUGCCAGGGUCGGGGGGCGUUAGAGGUAAAAGAACAUCUGUUCUUCAAAGGAAUCGACUGGCAGCAGGUCUAUCUACAAAAGUAUUCUCCACCCCUGAUUCCUCCACGGGGAGAAGUGAAUGCCGCUGAUGCCUUUGAUAUUGGCUCUUUUGACGAAGAGGACACCAAAGGCAUAAAGCUGCUGGACAGUGAUCAAGAGCUGUAUAAGAAUUUUCCCUUAGUGAUCUCAGAGCGUUGGCAACAAGAGGUGGCUGAAACGGUGUAUGAGGCAGUCAACAGUGACACAGAUAAGGCUGAGGCACGCAAGCGGGCGAAGAACAAGCAGCAAGGCCAUGAGGAAGACUACGCUUUAGGCAAGGACUGCAUAAUGCAUGGAUACAUGCUGAAACUUGGGAACCCCUUCCUGACACAGUGGCAGCGCCGCUACUUCUACUUGUUUCCUAACCGUGUUGAAUGGAGGGGAGAGGGUGAAUCUCGGCAAAACCUGUUGACAAUGGAGCAGAUAGUGUCUGUGGAGGAGACUCAGAUCAAGGACAAGAAAUGCAUUUUGCUGAGGAUCAAAGGAGGCAAGCAGUUUGUUCUGCAGUGUGAGAGUGAUCCAGAGUUUGUACAGUGGAAGAAGGAGCUAAACGAAGCAUUCUUGGAGGCCCAAAAGCUGCUGCGUCGUGCUCCAAAAGUCAUUGGCAAGGGUCGGACUGGCGUGGUGGAACUGUCCAAGCCAACUCUCACACAUCGUAACAGCAAUGGCCUGUGAGGCAAUGAAUUCUGUUGCCCCAAUUCUUCCUUAUAAAAAUGCAUACAUUCUUUCUCUUUCUUCCUCUCUCUCUUUCUUUCUCCCACACGCACAUACACACACACACACACACACACACACUGUUGUCUGUUUUGGCUUACCCCCAUCAUCCUGCACCAAUAUUAAAGCAUCUAAAGACUAUC